UACAGGUCGGGAACUCGACUUUCAGAUGUUGUCUGACAUUUGCAAUAUUCCUUUAUAUGCAAUGCCAGAACGUACUCCAGGUGUCGUUUAUGACAAAAUCGAUACAAUGGAUUUCACUCUCGGGGUUGAAAAUUAUUAAAUGAAAUUAACAAGUUGGGACUGUUUGACGGCUGCCAAAACAAGUAGAAGAAAAAAACAACAGAACCACAUUAGUGGGCCAAGCAAGUCCAUUAACAGCAGCUCAGUAACUAUGACAACCUGCAUAGACAUUAACAACAGUGGAACGGAGAAUCAGCCAUUACAUGAAAACCAAGAGCAGACAACUCAGGAUGUUCAAGAGGCCCCUGUUGACACUGAUGUUGAACAUGUUGCCAUGUCACUGUUAGAACACCAUGAGAACGAGAGCAAAGGGCCAUCAAAUAUGAAGUCUUUCAAUAUAGAGCCAGCUUAUCAAAAUACCAUAGAGAACCCCUACAAGGAGACAACAGUGACCUUGCCCCAUCUUGUGAAGAAGAUGCCAGAAGAACAACUGUUACCCCGUCCCUGGCGCACUUUCAACCAGGUGGUGUGCUUGUCAUAUAUCAGUAUUUUAUUCUGCAUGUGUAUAGGGGUGUUUGCAAACCGUUAUGCCUGGCGCGCCAAGCUCCAAAAUGGCAAGGGCCUAUAUGGUCUUGCCCAGAAAUGGUCACGCCGUGCAGUUUAUGCUAGCUAUACUGCCUUUGUGGUAGGACUUAUAAUUAUCAUCAUAGUCCCCUUGACAGCAACUAAUACUAUAUAAAUCAUAAAAGAGCAAGGGCUUGAAAUAGAAAUGCAACAACAGCAAGAUUUUUGUGGGAAAUUGAGCUAGGUUAACCACAAACCUGUUUUUAUUCACCAGCCCCUAUAUUAAAGCUUGGUCAGCAUAAAGGUAACCAAUAUGUUACACAUGUGAUAUAACUUGGUAUACAACCAAUUUUAACUGCCCCUCUUGUAUGAUCUGUCAUCAGUUUUCUGCUUAUCAUUGCCUUCAUUUUUCUGCCACCUAAUGUUCUCCAUUUUUCAAAUAUCAUUCAUAUGUUUACUUCCUUUGAAAUUUAAAAGAUCAAAGGUCAAGAACAUAAACUAUAAAUAGAAUAUUCCAUUCAGCUAGGAGCUAAUGUAGUCCAUAGGUCUGGAUGUGGAAAUAUGUUUUUUUUUGUAUCAGCUUGAUUUGAUUGCUUUAAUUUAUUUUAAUAAUAAUCAACUUUGCAAUAUUUUUCUGGAUUUUGUAUGAUUGCUGGUCAGAUAUUGAGAUUGUAUACAAAUCCAGAAGGUGCUGAAGUUUUAACAUGAUUUGAAACUUUGUUGUAGUAUAUACCAGGUAGGUCAAUACACUUUGUUGUAGUAUUUUAAUUUACCAGGUACGUCAAUAAACUUUGUUGUAGUAUUUACCAGGUACGUCAAUACACUUUAAUGUAGUAUUUACCAGGUACGUCAAUAAACUGUUUUGUAGUAUAUACGAGGUAUGUCCAUCUAUUUUAAAACUUAUGCAUAUAAUUGUUUGAACUUUCAAAGAUCUGUUCACCAAGUAUUGGUGCAUUUAUGUUAAUACAUUUCUUCAUUGCUUUACAUAAUUUACCUGUACUCUCACUGGUGGUGAGAUGUUAUGUACUAUGUUUACAUACUGUUCAAAUUCAGAUGGACCUGGUCAUUACCAGGCAUACAUGUUGUUGUAGAUACUGUUUAUAUUGAGCUUCUUGAUUCCAGAAACUUUAAAUUGUUGAUAGUUGAUUUGAAAGGUUUUAUAAUAUACAAAUGCAGAACAUUUAGAGGAAGAAUACAACAUACAUUUAAACAAUAACUGGUUGUCUGGAUGUAUAUUUUUUAUUAUUGUUGAUAUAAUUACAAGUGGCC